GGCGGGGCGAUGCCAGGCGGCGGCGGCGGCCCCGACUGGGGCCCGUGACCAUGGGCAUCGCGGAGUCCACGCUGGACGAGCUGCCGUCGGACGCGGAGGAGCAGCUGCGCAGCGGCGAGCAGCAGCUGGAGCUGAGCGGGCGGCGGCUGCGGCGACUGCCCAGCGCGGUGUGCGCGCUGAGCCGCCUGCAGAAGCUGUACGUGAGCGGCACGGGGCUGCGCGAGCUGCCCGAGGAGAUCGAGGAGCUGCGCGAGCUGCGCAUCCUGGCGCUCGACUUCAACAAGCUGGAGCGGCUGCCCGACGGCCUGUGUCGCCUGCCGCGCCUCACGCGCCUCUACCUGGGCGGCAACCGGCUGCUGGCGCUGCCCGCCGACUUCGCGCAGCUGCAGAGCCUGCGCUGCCUCUGGAUCGAGGGCAACUUCCUGCGGCGCUUCCCGCGGCCGCUGCUGCGCCUGGUGGCGCUGCAGUCGCUGCAGAUGGGCGACAACCGGCUGCGCGCGCUGCCUGCCGAGCUGCCGCGCAUGACUGGCCUGCGCGGCCUCUGGCUCUACGGCAACCGCUUCGAGGAGUUCCCGCCCGCGCUGCUGCGCAUGGGCCGCCUGCACAUCCUCGACCUGGACCGCAACCGUCUGGGCGGCUUCCCGGACCUGCACCCCCUGCGCGCGCUGCGCGUCUUCUCCUACGACCACAACCCGGUCACCGGCCCGCCGCGCGUCGCCGACACCGUCUUCCUCGUGGGCGAAGGCGCCGUGGAGCGCAUGGCCGAGCGCGACGAGCCCACGCCUCGCCCGCCGCCCCGGCGCCCAGCGCGGCCCUUCGAGGAUGAAGAGGAGGAAGAACUGCUCAUGGGGGGUGGCGGCUCCGGGACUCUGGGGCGCCCCGGCGUCUGCCUCCGCGCCCUGGAAGCCAGUCCCGGACUGGGAACCUGAGCCAGUGCUCCGGACGAUGGGCUUUGGCCACUCCGGGAAGAGGGGGCUCUGGGAAGGUGCUGCUGCCCAGGGCUGUGGGACCGGCGGGACCCUAACGUGGGGCAGCGGAGGGGCCGCUUUGGGCGAGCUGCUGACCCAGGCAGCCUUGGGGGCCAUCCUCAGACGGUCCUGGGUAUACGAACACUGCCUGCUGGCUGAUCUCUGGGCUGUCGUCAGUCCCUGUGGGAGCUGCUGACAACACAACAGAGGCGCCAGCUUCUUCUGGAACCAGGGUCACUGCUGUCCUCUUGCCGAGUCUGGGUGCCUAGGGCGACCCCCACCCUCCCUCCUCCUGGGGCUGGGAUCUCCUAGGUCACCCCUUCUGGCACAGGAGCCACUACCUCUGGGGUGGGCUGUGGACCUGUGGGAGGCAGACUGGCCCCGGGGCAGGGGCUUGGAGCUGGGGCCGGUGCCCUCGCGCCUCUACCGGGGCUCAUCGUACUUACCUCCCUCCCCGGGUGCCCCAAGAUUUGUGUGGGGAAGGAGGGCACAGAAGGCAAGGCCUCCCACCCUCCCUUUUUUUCUGUUCUCUUCUCCCAGCUUGUGCCUGGAAUCUUGCUGGGAAAAGAAUCCUCUCCCUUCCUCUCAGCCUGGACUUUCCAGCUGUCAAGUUUGAAAAGAAGCCACUGUGCUUCUAGGGCCUUCUGCACCCAAAAGGCUCCCUGCCCCGGCAGGCUGCUCCAGCGUCUCUUCCCCUGCACGCUCUCUCCAUUCCCUUAAAUGGGCACAGACAGGGUGGCUGGCACAGCAUGGGGCACGGGAUGGGCACUGUGUGCCUCCACUCUGUCACUAGGGACAGCCUCGAGGGCGUGCGGAGUGGGGGCCGCUCCCGGGAGCAGAUCUUUCCCAAGCAAUAAUGGGAGGAAGAGCCAGGGACACUCAGGGACACCGUCGGGAGCAGGGGCCCCGCAGGGUAGUGUUUUUCUUUAGGAAGAAAAAAAAAAAACUUGCUGUAAACGUAAAUUAUAU